CACCAGCAGCGACGCACCCAAAAACACACCAACUUAUCCCAUUCCACGACGUCGUGCGCUUUAUGAAACAAGCACAUCACAGUGACCUUAACUCCGUGCAACGAGUGCCUCGUCUUUUCGAGGCGAGUCAUCACUAAUAGCCUGCAUUUGCAUUCUGCGGCAUUGAAACUACGAGUAACUAUGGUUCAUCCGGAAGCACCCAUUUCUUGUUUCACCUUUAAUGCAAGUCCCCCGGUGCGAAGCUUGCGUUCGGAUGCAACCGGGGAAACAACCAUCCGAUCCCCCGUGCCCAGGGAAGAUCUCUGUGCGGAUAUGCCUCAAUUAGAACCCAUGGAUCGGGCCUGUCGCCGGCCGCGCACUACCUCGCUUGCCGGGUCCAACGUAGACGUAGUUGCUUCGACAAUGCGUCUCGUGUGUCCUCGCUCCCCCUCGCGACGCAUCGUUCCCUCGACACAAGUCUGUAGCAAGACAGCGUCCAACACUUCUACGGAAGGCGCCAAGGAAAAGGCGCGUCGCUCUUCGUGUGUGGCCGAAGCAGCAAUCGCUCGAACUACGCUCGGCUCUACUAUUGCUCCUGCGAGCCCGUCCAGCCGCCAUGGCAAGCGAGCUGCGGAGAUCGCUAUCCAGAGUCCGCUUUCCAAGAGGUUGCGGCUGCGCAAGAAAUCUCCUCCGAACGCUAUAGAGGCAGAUCUCGAAAUACUGGAAGCUCCUUUAGCAGCGUGUUGCAUAUGCAUGUGUGAGCCUGACCACCAUGAAGCGUCCAAGAUUGAUGGGUGCGACCAUAAAUUUUGCUUUUCAUGUAUCGGCACAUGGUCUGAUCGCGAAAACUCGUGUCCCUUGUGCAAGGCUCGUUUCACGAAGAUUGAGCGUAUUCAUCCUCGGAAGAAAAUCAAGGGAGACCGCACUUUUACGAACUCGAAGCGUGUGAAACAACGCGAUCAGCGAUCCGAUGUCGUGUCGGGCGCCGCCCUGGAAGCAAUUUUGCAGCAGAUCUCUUCCAACGAGUCUCGACUUGGGCGCUUCAUCUUUUCGCGUAUGGGCACGGGUGCGUUUCAUCCGACAGUUUCUGUGGACGGUAGCAUGUUCGAUUCGGACGAAGACGAAGACACGGCGCCUGACUUUAUGACGCUGUUCAUGCGUUCUUCGACCGCCGCACAACAGCGACGCAACGCACUAAACCGGCGCCCACAAAACCUUUUCCCUUAUCCUACGGCGUUUUUCGGCAUGUCCAGCACGAUGGGAGGGCGCGGGAAUACGACGACGAGUUCGUACGCGCUCAAUGCUAGCGAUAGUAGCGCGGGACGUGCUGCUACGAAUCCACUCGAGAUUGACGACAGCGAUGACGAUGAUGUGGAAGUCGUUCAAGUCACCCGAUCGCUAUAAAAGUCCGAGUGAGAGAAAAAUAACCGACACGCACAGUUCUUCAUACUCCAGUACACUUUAAACUGUAACUCAAGCGAGACUAGACUCGUUAUUUUAAUGCUGCAUCUUUUC